GCAUGCUCCCAGGGCUGGGCUCGAGAAAAGCGCCUCAACCUUUAGUCCAGAGACUUCCGGGAGGCGAGAAAUGCGCGGUGGCAGGGUCGGAAGCAUGGGGGCCGGCGCCUAGUACUCGUUCCUUGGCGCGGCUUCAGGUCUCGGUUGGUGAACCGAUGAUUCUGUGGGAAGUCUUACGUCUGGUUACACUGUUUUCAAGUUUUCCAUGCGGCUAGAAGUCGCCUGGGAGAAAUCUGACACCAAUCAGCAGGUGGGGCCAUAGCACCUGCGCUAGCUCCUCCAUUUACAGAAAUUCUUCCCGGGCCUUCUAAGUUUGUUGACGACUUUUUGCUCCACCAUUUCUUCUAGCUGCUCUGUUCUUAAUCCCUUUGCAGCCGCGCACCCCUCCCUUCACGCCAUUAUGUAUGACCGGGCUCCCCGUGUGCUUAGAUUGGCUGAAGGUGGCAGCACUGAGGAUCGUGUGGGUCCUGGAUCUUACCAGGUUCCUUACCCGAAGCAGCAGGCAACAGAUGGCUAUGCACCAUUCCUGUCUUUGACUGCCAGGGAAAGUACUUUUACUGUUGUCUCUAACACUGAGAAAGAUGUUCCAGGUCCAGGACACUAUAAUGUUUCAGAAAAGCAGUGUAAUAUAAAAGGAGGCCAAAGUCUACAAAACCGGGAAAAGCGUUUUAAGAAGUUUAUUUCAGAUGGUCCAGGGCCAGCAAGCUAUGAUGGAUCUUAUCCUGGAACACUGGCUGUCGUGAACAGGAAAACUCCGGAGGCUAAAGAGCGUCUUCAGUCAAAAAUGUCAAGGGCACUUACAGUUUCCAGAAGUGUUUAUGUUCCUUCAAUUCCUUUUGGACGGUCAUACGGUUAUGAUAUUAAUGAGGAUGACAGUAUCGUAAAACAUUUACCACCUGCCAGUGACAGCACCCUAGGUCCAGCAUACUAUAAGCCUCAAAUUGAUUUUUCCACUGCAACUUUGAAAUACAAGGGGAUACAUUUUGGCAACUCUUUGGGAAGACUCCAAUUACCUAUAACGUCAGGGCCUGGUCCUGGACAGUAUGAUAUAACCCAGAAAAAGUCACCUCGUUAUGAAAAUGUAAACAUCAAGAAAGAUCAACAGCAAAAUAGUUGCUCAAAUCUCCGACGACUUUAUGAAGUAAAAAUAUUGAAGGAGGAAAAAGAGGGAGUACCAGGGCCAGGAAAAUAUGACAUUAAGAGUCAAUUUCAGAAGAAUAAACGUGUGACAUCAAAUGUGAAUGAUGCAUCACCUGCUUUUCUUUCUCAAUCCCAGAGGUUUGUCCCUAUGAAAUCAAUCACUCCAGCUCCUGGCACAUACAAUGAAUCUCGAACUGCUUUCAAGCCCUUGAAGAAAACGUUAGGAUUGAAAAAUACCUCAUUUGGUCAAAGUGCUGCUCGAUUCACACAAGACUCUAAGACAGAGAAAAUGCCAGGUCCUGGGUUUUAUAAUAUCCAAAACAAUACAUUCAUCGACAACUUUAGCAAUACCUACUGGAAGAAACCAAAGAAAAGUGCAUUUGGUUCUACUGUUCCUCGGACUCUCUUCCUGGUUCAGAAAGAAGAUUAUACUACUCCUGGGCCUGCUGAUUAUAAGGUCCCUGAAAUUUCUGAUGAACUACCCAACUUGACUAAUCGAUAUGCUGCUUUCUUGUCAAGAACAGAAAGAACUACUAAAGUAUCAGAUGUGGGUGUUCCAGCACCAGGUGCCUAUGAUGUUCAAAAAUCAUAUGAGAUGUCUCAAAUUCAACAUAAAUACAUGCCGCCUCGUACUUUUGUGGCUAGAAUAAAACAUGCCUCCUUUCUUAGCACAACACCUAGGUGCCUGGACAAAGUGGAUGAUGGGCCAGGACCUACAACAUACAAUCCUGUUUUUAAGAAAUCCUGCUUCAUACCCUCAUUUGUUAAAGCAUCAAAGCGUUUUAAAGAUUCCAAAGAGAUUACUCCUGGUCCAGUGACAUAUGAGGAAGAAAGGAUGAUGGAUAGGUCGCAUUCUCAGGAUCGCGUUCACUGUCAGGGAGAACAAAAGCCAGGGAGGCGGGAAGCAGCGGAAGACAGAGCGCAGUGGGAUACAGGCGCGCCUUUUCCAGAGGAGGAGACGAAUGUCCUCAUUGCCGCGGCGCCCUGCAUCUCCUUGGUCAUUAGUGUGGCAGGCCUGUGAUUGACGACGUGACAUGGGACCUGUUGUGGGGCUUCUCUCCCCUCCUGUGAAACUACUACGGUGUCCUUUAAAUAGUAUAUGGUUAUCCAAUGUGUCAGUGCACCUGCCUUCAUGUCUCAAUCUAAGCUAUACUGGUAAUGACAGAAAAUCACACCACUUGUAACAGGGAAGCUGAUAUUAAAGUUUCAUUGCUGCGCUAACUGCAGUUCUCGGCAGUGGUUUCUUAUGUAAUAAUAGGCAAGGUUAAGAAUAAAUUUAUCAGAAUAAGAGAAAAGAGUAUAAGGUGAGCUCUCACUCGGGCUCAGAGGAACGCUCUGUGGUCCACAGCUCAUUGUUUUACUUAUAUGCUUUCUCUAGUUGCACUAUUUAGAUUAAAAAGGAGUCUCAGAGUUCUGUUUCAAGAAAUGCUAUAUUAUAUAAACUAUCUGAAUAAUUAUUUCAAUACUUGAGCAAAAUAACUGAAUGAGCAAAUCAUGACUAAGCACUGAUUCCUCUUUAAUAAUUGUUUGAAAAUUAUUGAAUCUUUCAGGAACUGCUGGAAAAUUAUAUUUUAUUUAAUUCUAUAUUUAGGCUUAUUAUUAUUAAUUAAUUUUGUCCAUGUGGGAGUUUCUUGAGAAAACCACUGGAACCACAAGGAUGAAACAUAUCUAAUGUUAUGAAAACAUGUUAAAUAUUUUUAAAAUGAAUUCUUAAGAUUAAGACUGUAAUUAUGCAUUGAAAGUGUUAUCAACAAUUUAGUUUGUUUUUCUUGGUUGAUAGGGUUUUAUUUUUAAUAUUAUAAAAGAUAUCUUUUUCUCUUUAAGUUUUAGUAAUAUAGUGAUUAUAAAAAUGUACUUUUCAUAGCAGUUGUCUAUAAUGAGAAGCCUUCCACACAUUGAGAAUAAAUUUAAUUGGUUAUAUAUUAAAUUUGGCUACAGCACAUGUAGAGUUGCUUUACUAUAACUAUUUUAAAACGGAUAACCUUAUUAGCAUUAUAAUGACUUAAGCAUCCAAAAGAAAAAUUACAAUGAAAAUUACAUAGAGCAUUAGUGUUAAUCAAGUCAAAACUACAUUCUAUCAGUAUGUUUCUGAUUUCUUUACUAUACUUCAGACUAUACUCCCAUAUCUGAUUCUAUAAGGUUUUAUCUUUCAUUGAAGCAUUAUUAGUCACUUCCUUCAGACCUAUAUCUAGUUUUAAAUACACUAUACAUAGACCGUAACCUAUGCAUCCUGGUGAUCUUUAAGAGUUCAUGAGCCAGGACACAAGAGAAUAUAUAUAUUUUGUUGACUAGCUAGGUCAGAGUUUGUGAAGUAUUUUCUUAACUAAAAAUCUGUUAGGUAAGAACCAAGAGGCCUGGAAAGAUCUUUAAAAUACAUUUAUUUAGUCUCUUCAUUUGCUAAAUAAUACAUUUUCUUCCCUUUUGUUUCUGAAGCAAUACUUGCUUCUUCUUUUUUCACCUCUUUGAUGGUGCUGUUUUCCAUGAGGUUUCCUUCUUUGCCUGCAGCUUUAUUAUCAGUCUACAGAUGGUUGCCCGAGUUCUAUCUUACCCUGAUUUCAUCUCAGAUAUCAUAACUUUAUUCUCAUGUUAUACCACUUAAUCUAACUUUUUAUAAUUCCCCUUUUCUUGUGAGAUUGUGUAUACACUUCUAGUCUUCUACUGAGGUCUGCUCCUGAAAUAAUGCUGAUAAAACAAACACUGUUCUCAGAGAAAGUCACAUACUGUUCUUUACCUGGAUGAUUUUAACAGGCUUCUAAUUCUGUUACCAGCCUCUGCAUAUGAUAGUCAGUCAUCUUUCUAAGGCCUGGAUCCACUCAUCUCACCCUCCUAUUGAAUGCUUUUUCUGGCUCUCCAUUUCCAACAUAGUGAAGUCCGAAUUCUUUGGCACAACCAUCAGAACAUUUCCGUCUGGACUGUCCAUCUUUCUAGCAUCUUUUCCUGACAGUUUCUUAUGGAGGACUGCUGCCUAUUCCAAGAAUAUGCCCUAUCUCUGUGUCUUUCUUCUUUUACUUUGGUUUUAACUGCUGCCUUGAAUGCUGUACUCACUUUUGUCCUCCUGAUACCCUUUUCCUUAUUUUUAAUUUUUUUUACAUAAAUUGACACAUACUACAUAUGCGCAACUGGGUCUUUUGACUUAAUUUUUUUUGAGAUGUAUUCAUGUCAAAAUAUGUAGAUUUUGUUUAUUAUUUGUACUUAUUGAUAACAUUCUGUUAUAUGAGUAAUUCAUGGGUUUUCAUUCUUCUAGUGAGGAACAAAUAGGUUGGUUUACUUUUUUUCACUUUGCAUAAAAAUACCACAAGCAAACAAUCUUGUUAUGGUAUCUUUGAGCAUAUGUGCACAAUUCAUUAAGUAAUUAAUGAAUUAGUUUCAAAUGGCUAAUCUGGAGACCUGUGGAGAGUAAUGAGAGGAUGGUACAAUGCAGACACCUGUCAUCAUUUCCCAAAGUUUCUUUACUUGAAAUGUCCUUGUAUGAAGUAUAAUUGUGUCAAAAUUCCCUUGUUAUGCUUGGUUUGGUAUGUAGUUAUAUGAUGCAAAUAAAUGUAAGGAAUGAAAGUUUUGAAAACCAUCUAUUAGUUGAUGUUUUUUCUGUGUCAUGUCAAAGUGUGACACCAUUUUACCUAAUAA